AUGUACUUCUGCUGGGGCGCCGGCCGCCCCGGGAAGGUGCAGCGCCGGGGACCGACGGGCGGCGCCGAGCUGCGGCAGGCGGCCUGCGGGGAGGGCCACUCGCUGCUGCUGCUGAGCGACGGCACCGUCCACUCGUGCGGCGACAACAGCCAGGGUCAGCUGGGCCGGAGGAGCGGGCCGCAGGGGGACCGGCCAGAACAAAUUAAAGCAUUGGAAACUCUAUGCGUUGGUUUGGUGAGCUGUGGAAAGGAGCACUCCCUGGCUGUUUGUCACAAAGGAAGGGUCUUUGCAUGGGGAGCUGGUUCUGAAGGACAGCUGGGGAUUGGAGAAUUUAAGGAAAAGGUUUUCACACCUAAGAAGAUAAAAGCUCUAACUGGCAUAAAAAUAAUACAAGUUUCCUGUGGAGAUUACCAUUCCCUGGCAUUAUCAGAAGAUGGCCAAGUGUUUUCAUGGGGAAAGAACAACCUAGGUCAGCUGGGCCUGGGGAAUGAGUUCUGCUCCCAAGAGAGCCCUCAGAGGGUAAGGUCCCUGGAGGGGAUCCCCCUGGCUCAGGUGGCUGCAGGAGGUGCCCACAGCUUUGCCCUGUCUCUCUCGGGGACUUCAUUUGGCUGGGGAAGCAACAAUGCAGGACAGCUGGCCUUCAGCGGGAAAAAUGUCCUAGUGCAAAGCUACAAGCCUCGUUCAGUUGGUAAGCUGAAGAAUCUAGGUGUGAUUUAUAUCAGCUGUGGCUAUGAACACACUGCAGUGCUUACCCAGGAUGGGAAAGUGUUCACAUUUGGAGAUAAUAGCUGUGGACAGCUGGGACACAGCCCCAAUGCUAAGAAGAGUGGUCCACAGCACGUGGAAAGAAUUGAUGGCCUAGUUUCACAGAUUGAUUGUGGAAGUUAUCAUACCCUUGCAUAUAUCUACACCACUGGUCAGGUGGUGUCUUUUGGUCGUGGAUCAAGUUGCACAAGCAGCCCGACUCAUCUGGAGGCCCAGACAGAACUCUCUGACAUUAGCUGCCUGAUUUCUGCUGAUGACCUUGUGAAUGUUCAAGUCAAACACAUUUUUGCUGGAACAUAUGCCAACUUUGUGACAACGUAUCAGGAUACUAGUUCUACAAAUGUUUCCAAGAAACCCUUGCCAGAAAUAAGCCGAAUUAACCCGUCCUGGACAGAACAAUGGAUGGCAGUGACAAGUGGAAGUGAUGAACGUGAAGUGGCUAAGAGCGAAAUUAGAUUGAUAUUUUCAUCUCCUGCUUGUCUGACUGCAAGUUUUUUAAAGAAAAGAGAAUCUGGAGAAACGAAUUCCGUUGAUGUGGACUUACAAAUGGCAAAUGAUACCUUCGAGAAGUUAACAAAAAAGGAAUGGAUUUCUUCCAUGAUGACUACAUGUCUCAAGGAUAAUCUACUCAGAGCUCUUCCAUGCCAUUCUCUGUAUCGAGAAGCAUUAUCCAUUUUCCUUCUGCUCCCACAAUGUCCUGUGAUGCACGAUUCUAGGAACUGGGAAAGUCUGGUGGUUCCAUUUGCAAAGGCUGUUUGUGAAAUGCGUGAUCGAUCUUUACAAGUCCUGAAGCAGUGUUGGGCAUCUUUACAAGAACCUUUUCUCAACACACUGGUCCAGAUGCUUAAAGCAGCCAUCGAUGCUCAAUUGAAAUAUUGGACUAAAACAGAUCAGAGUCACUGCAAUGUCAAAGCUCUUCUAGGAAUGAUGAAAGAAGUGUAUGAGGUAAACAAAGUUAACUGUCAACUACCAGAGAAUACUUUCCACAUAAAUGAACUCUCCAAUUUCUUGGACUUUCCUGAAAAAAGAAGAAUAUUCUUUAGAGAUAACAAGCAGAUACUUGAAGGAAACUGCACGCCUAUUAUUUUCAGUGAUUAUCCAUUUAUCUUUAAUAUGGUCUCCAAAAUUAAAUUAUGGCAAGCUGAUUCCAUGUUUAAAAAACUGGGUUUGGUGAUUGAUGGCAACAGGCAAAUGAUAGCACCAGGAAAUAAUGAAUUCCCUCCAUCACCCUUUUUUUUACUUCGAGUCAGACGAAGUCACCUGGUUGAAGAUUCUCUGCGUCAGUUAAGCCAAGCUGAAGUCGCUGACCUUCGGAAAGCAUUAGUGAUUGAAUUUACUAAAGAAAUUCGUUCUGCGGGUACAGGAGUAAAGUCUGAGUUCUUCCACUGUAUGUUUGAAGAGAUGACCAAGGCAGAAUAUGGAAUGUUCGUGUAUCCUGAAGAGGGCUCCUGCAUGUGGUUUCCUGUCAGCCCUAAAUUUGCGAAGAAGAGUUAUUUUCUCUUUGGGAUAUUGUGUGGACUCUCCCUGUACCAUUUCAAUGUUGCCAAUAUUCCUUUCCCACUGGCUCUGUUUAAGAAACUUCUGGACCAAAAGCCAUCACUGGAAGAUUUAAAAGAACUCAGUCCUGGGCUGGGGAAGAGUUUACAAGAAGUUCUAAAUUAUGAGGCUGAGGACACUGGAGAAGCACUUCACAUAUAUUUUUCUCUACACUGGGAACAAAAUGAUGUUGAUUUAAUUCCAAAUGGAAUCAAUAUACUUGUGGACCAAACCAACAAGAAAGACUAUGUUUCUAAGUGUGUUGAUUACAUUUUCAAUACUUCUGUAAAAGAUGUUUAUGAGGAAUUUCAGAGAGGAUUUUAUCGAGUCUGUGACAAGGAGAUACUUAGACUUUUCCAUCCUAAAGAACUAAUGACAGCAAUAGUUGGAAAUACUGAUUAUGACUGGAAACAAUUUGAAAAGAAUUCAAUAUAUGAGCAAGGAUAUCACGAAUCACAUCCUACUAUUCUAAUGUUUUGGAAAGCUUUCCACAAAUUAACUUUGGAUGAAAAGAGAAAAUUCCUCUUUUUUCUUACAGGAAAUGAUAGGCAGACUGCAAGAGGAUUGCAAGAAAUGAGAAUCAUAUUUCGCUGUCCUGAAACAUUCAGUGAGAGAGAUUUACCAAGAUCACUCGUAUGUCAUAGUAUUCUGGACCUCCCAAAAUAUUCUACAAUGGAAAGACUGGAGGAAGCACUUCAAGUAGCCAUCAACAACAACAGAGGAUUUGUCUCAGCCACAGACACACAGUAAUAGUGACUUCUGAGAGUCUCAGAGAGGCCUCAUAUUCUCAGGUUAUCUCACUCUUAGAUUCUGAUGUUCUUCUUUAGGUCUAAUUAGUACAAAGGGUUGAUGGAUUUUUAAAUGAUUUUUUUUCUUUAUUGAUUUUAGAGAGAGAGGAAGGGAGAAGAGAGAGAGAUGGAAACAUCAAUGAAAGAGAACGUCAA